AAGAUACGUAAGAUGGAAAGGAAAAUACAAAGAUACAAAGAAGCCAUGACAGCUGCGGAUCCAGAAACAUUAUCAAUUUUGGAGCAAAAUAGUGUGGAUGAAAAUUAUAAUAAGUUGGAAGAAGAAGAUAAUGCUCAUACUGACAAACCAGAAGAAAACCAAGAACACCAUCAAGAACAGGAGGAAGAGGAAGGUGAUGUCGAGAUAGAGGAAGACCUGCCCCAAGACAUCCUGGCUGCUCUCGGAGAAGGGGGACAGGAUGAUGAUGCUAACUAUGGUGCUGAAAUAAAACCGGAGAUUGUAAAGAUAAUCGAUACUAUACUAACAGAUGGAAUUAAUAAAGAGAUGCUUGAAUCCUGAUCAAAGACUAAGAUCCCGAGAAACAUCAAACUGUUAGAUGCUCCAAAACUAAAUACAGAAUUUGCAGGGUUCCUCAACAACUCCAUGACUAAUAGAGACAACUUACUGAAAGAUAGACAGCAAGACCUGGGUAGAGCAAUUGCUUUAGUUACUCAAACAAUUAAUAAUCUAACCAAGAAAGAUUUUGAUAAAUUACAGGCAAUAAAGUCCCUGAGUGACAGCAUAAGACUACUCAGUAACCUGCAUUUCAAUUACACCCAAAUUCGCAGAAAGUUGAUUGCACCAUUUAUGGAUAAGUCAUUGACACAGAACUUAAGUGAAAACAAGCGAUCUGAGUUUUUAUACUCUAAACUAGAGGAAUCGGUAAAUACAUCCUCUGCAAUGAAACGCACAAUCAGCAUUCUUAAACCCAAGAACACACCAAAAAACUAUCAGAAUCCCAGGCGCCAAACCGCCCCAAGUCACUACACGACAAGAGCAAACAACACGAAUUACAAACCAAGACCAUAUCAAAGCAACCAGGCCCCAACCUACAAGCCACACCGCAGCCAUCAACGUCUACCACAACAAGCGAGGUCAACCCGCCGACCAACAACAUCCCAUCAUCGAGGAGGUCGUGAGAAGUACCCAUAAAGGUAAAUUUUGCUGCCCGUCUUAAACAUUUUUAUAAUUGUUGGGCGUUUUUGACAGAUGAUGAAACAAUCCUAAAAUGGAUAAAUGGAUAUUCCAUUCCUUUUGAUAGUGAACCAUGUCAACAUAAUGUACCUCUUAAUAAUACAUUUAAUGCCUCUGAGCGACAGAUUAUUACAAUGGAAAUACAUAAACUUAUUGUAAUGGGGGCUAUUACCCAAUGUCAACCAAGUAAAGGGCAAUUUCUGUCUAGUAUCUUUACUAUCCCUAAAAAAGAUGGGUCUCACAGAUUUAUUCUCAAUUUAAAGUGUUUAAACAGAUUUAUUAUAACAAAACAUUUCAAGCUGGAAGACAUUAGGACAUUAUGUAAACUAGUUACAGCAGAUGAUUACAUGUGCACUAUUGACUUAAAACAUGCAUAUUAUUUGGUGCCUAUAAAUGAAUCACAUAAGAAAUAUUUAAGAUUUACAUUCAAUAAGAAAUUAUAUGAAUUUAACUGUAUGCCAUUUGGUUUGUCUACAGCUCCUCUAGUUUUUACUAAACUUUUAAAACCGGCUAUUGAAACACUGAGAGAACAGGGUUUUAGGAUUAUUAUCUACCUUGAUGACAUUAUUUGUCUUGGGAGUAAUUACAAGGAAUGUCUAAAUAACACCCAAACAACAUGUAAUUUAUUACAAUGUUUAGGUUUCAUAAUUAAUGAUGAAAAGAGCUCUAUAACACCAUCCCAAGUGAAAGAGUAUUUACGCUUUACUAUUAAUUCAAAAACCAUGACUUUAAGCCCUACAGUAAAGAAACGUAAUAAUUUAUACUCUUUAAUUAAAGACUUCCUUAAAAUUAAAUCAUGCAGUAUUCGAGAAUUUGCAAAAUUAUUAGGAAACUUAGUAUCAGUCU